ACAGCUCGGGUCGGGUGGCUGCUGCUGCUGCUGCUGCUGCGUCUCUCGCGGAAACUCAAUACAUGCUCCGGCAGGAUAUCAGCAAUCAAUGCGCAACUUCGCUCCAGUCACUGUUUAGGAUUUCAACCAACUGCCUACACGCAAGGAACUGGAACUAAAAGACGUUACCAUGAAUUCUGGAGCUUUUCUACUGAUGUUAUUUGUAAGGGUAUACGCGGAAAAUUUGGAAGGACCAACAGAUGUUGGUGCCAGUGUGCGGCAUAUGGAGUCAGCCAUGCAGACGCUAAAGGGCUGCACGUUCGAGGAGGACUCUGACCCGAACCUGUGCGAGUACCGGCAGGGCCAGGACGAUGACUUUGAUUGGCAGCUGAUCCGCACCUACAGCUGGCCGCACGCACCCUCGGACCUCCUACGUGGCUCCUUCAUGAUGGUGAACUCUUCCCAGCAUGCCGCGGGGCACCGGGCCCACCUGCUGCUGCGCUCCCUGAGCGAGAAUGACACGCACUGCGUGCAGUUCAGCUAUUUCCUGUACAGCCGCGACGGCCACAGCCCCGGAACGCUGCGUGUCUUUGUGCGCGUCAACGGCGGGCCCCUGGGCAAUCCCGUGUGGAACGUGACCGGCUCGCACGGACGCAAGUGGCACCAGGUGGAACUGGCCGUCAGCACUUUCUGGCCCAGCGAGUAUCAGGUUGUGUUUGAAGCCGUGGUGUCUCAGGAGCAUAAGGGCUACAUAGCACUGGACGACAUUGUGCUGCUCAACUACCCCUGCAACAAGGUGCCUCGCUUUUCCAGGCAGGGAGAUGAAGAGGUGAAUGCCGGACAGAACGCGUCCUUUCAGUGUGUCGCCACUGGACGUGCCAUGGAGACCGAUCCCUUCUACCUGGAGAGGCGUAAUGGAGCUCUGAUUGACCCCGCCUCCGUGGGCUGGCGUCAGGGCCGUUGGGUGGCGCUCUUUCAGGUGGAGGCGGCCCAGCGCGGGGAGCAGGACCUGUACCGCUGUGUCACGCAGUCCCCGCGUGGAGCCGCCGUCUCCAACUUCGGAGAGCUCAUCGUCAGAGUGCCCCCCACACCCAUCGCACCCCCCCAGCUGCUGCGGGCCGGCCCCACGUACCUCAUCAUCCAGCUCAACACCAACUCCAUCGUUGGCGACGGACCGGUGAUACGCCGGGAGAUCGAGUACCGCGCCAGCCACUCGCCCUGGACCGAGACGCACGGCGUCAGCUCACUCACCUAUAAGGUGUGGCACCUGGAGCCCGACACCGAGUACCGCAUCAGCGUCCUGCUGACCCGGCCAGGUGAGGGGGGGACCGGACCACCUGGACCCCCGCUCAUCAGCAGGACCAAGUGUGCUGAGCCCAUGCGUGCGUUGCGGGGCCUGACCGCCACGGACAUCCAGCCGCGUCAGCUGUCUCUGCAGUGGGAGCCGCUGGGCUACAACCUGACGCGCUGCCACACCUACACGCUCUCGCUCUGCUUCCGCUACUCCAUGCCAGUAGGGGGCAGCACCUCCGGCGGCGCAGGAGCCGUCAGCGCCGGUGGGAUGGGCAGUGCUGGUGGGGGUGGAGGUGGGGGUGGCGUCGGUGGCGGCAACAGCAACAUGACGGUCAGCGAGUGCGCGCCGCUGGACAGGAACGCAUCACACUACACGCUGCGCGACCUGCCGCCGUUCCGCGCCGUCCACGUGCACCUGGUGCUGGCCAACCCCGAGGGCAAGAAGGACGGACGCGAAGUCACCUUCCAGACCGAGGAGGACAUUCCUGGUGGCAUUGCUCCUGAUUCGCUGACCUUUACCCCUUUGGAUGACAUGAUCUUCCUGAAGUGGGAGGAGCCUGUGGAACCAAAUGGACUGAUCACCCAGUAUGAGAUAAGCUACCAGAGCAUCGAGUCGUCUGACCCAAGUGUCAAUGUGCCGGGCCCGCGCCGGACCGUGUCUAAGUUGCGGAAUGAGACGUACCACAUGUUCUCCGGUCUGCACCCUGGCACCACCUACCUGGUCUCUGUGCGUGCCCGCACCUCCAAGGGCUUCGGUCAAACCGCGCUCACCGAAAUCACUACAAACAUAUCCGCCCCUUCGUUUGACUAUGAUGAUGUCCCCUCCCCAGUCAGCGAAUCAGAGAGCACCAUUACUGUUGUGCUCCGCCCAGCUAUGGGCAGAGGAGCGCCUGUUAGUGCGUACCACGUGGUGGUGGUGGAGGAGGACGGCUCGCGGCAGGUGCGGCGACGAGCGCUUGCCCAGCCUGGCCAGCAGGACUGCUUCCCCGUGCCCCUCUCCCACAGCGAGGCGCAGGCCAAGGGGGCGCCCCACUACUACACCGCCGAGCUGGCGCCCGACAGCCUGCCCGAGGCCGCCGAGUUCACCGUGGGCGACAACCACACGUACAAUGGCUACUGGAACUCUCCGCUGGAUCCGUCCAAGAACUACCUCAUCUACUUCCAGGCCGCCAGCAACUUCAAAGGGGAGACAAGAAUCAACUGCGUCCGGAUUGCUCGCAAAGCGGCCUGUAAAGACCAUAAGAGGGCGCUAGAGGUCUCGCAGCAUGCUGAGGAGAUGGGCCUGAUCCUGGGGGCGUGUGCGGGCGGCCUGGUAGUCCUGAUCCUCCUGCUCGGGGCCAUCGUCAUCAUCAUCAAAAAGGGAAGGGACUUCUACUCUUACCCUUACUACCCAAGAAAGAAGGUGAACAUCAAUAAGGCGGCGAUGGCGUACCGUCAGGAGAAGACGAGGAAGUUGGGCUCUCUGGACUGCAGUAUGACGGAGCAGAGCACCUUACCGCAGGACGAGCGCACCGCCCACUCCUUUAUGGACAUGCAGAAUGGCAGCACACGCAGUGAGCAGCAGCAGCUCAGUGAACAGGUCCAACCCAGCCUGCUUGGCGGCUCUCCGCGGCGCCACUGCCGGCGCAAGAGCUCCCCCUACCACACGGGGCAGCUGCACCCGGCGGUGCGCGUGGCCGACCUCCUGCAGCACAUCAACCAGAUGAAGACCUCCGAGGGCUACGGCUUCAAACAGGAGUCUGAAAGUUUCUUUGACGGCUGGGAUGUGACCAAGAAGAAGGACAAGACCAAGGGGAGACACGACAGCAUUCUCAGUCAUGAGCGACACCGCGUCAGACUGCACUCGCUCCUCGCUGAUCCAAACUCGGACUAUGUCAACGCCAAUUACAUUGACAUUCGGAUUAACAGGGAAGGCUAUCAAAGGUCCAACCACUACAUCGCCACUCAAGGCCCUAAGCAGGACAUGAUCUAUGACUUCUGGAGGAUGGUUUGGCAGGAGAACUGCUUCAGCAUCGUCAUGAUCACCAAGCUGGUGGAGGUCGGGAGGAUGAAGUGCUGUAAGUACUGGCCAGAUGACAGUGAGCUGUACGGGGACAUCAAGAUCACCCUGCUAAAGACGGAGACACUUGCGGAGUACACUGUUCGCACCUUCGCCAUGGAGCGGCGAGGAUACCCUGCCAAGCACGAGGUGUGCCAGUUCCACUUCACGUCGUGGCCCGAGCACGGCGUGCCCUAUCAUGCCACUGGCCUGCUGGCUUUCUUGCGGCGCGUGAAGGCCUCCACUCCACCCGACGCAGGCCCAGUGGUGGUGCACUGCAGUAUGGGGGCUGGACGGACAGGCUGCUACAUAGUGCUGGAUGUGAUGCUGGACAUGGCGGAGUGUGAAGGGGUAGUGGACAUCUACAACUGUGUGAAGACCCUCUGCUCCCGACGGAUCAACAUGAUCCAGACAGAGGAGCAGUAUGUGUUCAUCCAUGAGGCCAUUCUGGAGGCGUGCCUGUGUGGGGAGACGGCCAUCCCGGUCAGUGAGUUUGCCCUCACCUACAAGGACAUGCUGCGGGUGGACACGCAGAGCAACACGUCCCAGCUGCGCGAGGAGUACCAGACUCUGAACUCUGUGACCCCUCACCUGGAUGUGGAGGAGUGUAGCAUCUCUCUGUUGCCGCGCAACCGUGAGAAGAACCGCAGCAUGGACGUGCUGCCUCCGGACCGCGCGCUGGCCUUCCUGGUGACCACUGAGGGCGAGGGCAACAACUACAUCAAUGCGGCGCUGACCGACAGUUUCCUGCGGCCGGCCGCCUUCGUGGUGACGCCACACCCGCUGCCCACCACCACCGCUGACUUCUGGAGGCUGGUCUACGACUACGCCUGCACCUCCGUGGUCAUGCUUAACCUCCUCAACCAGUCCAACUCCGCAUGGCCCUGCCUGCAGUAUUGGCCGGAGUCAGGCAUGCAACACUUUGGACCAAUGACAGUUGAGCUCCUUUCUCGCACGGCUGAUGAUGACGUCAUCAUCCGCCUCUUCCGUGUCAAGAACAUCACGAGGCUCCAGGAGGGUGCCCUGGUGGUGCGCCACUUCCAGUUCCUGCGCUGGUCCCCCUACAGAGACAUCCCCGACUCCAAGAAGGCCUUCCUCAACCUCCUGGCCCAGGUGCACAAGUGGCAGAGGGACUGCGGAGAGGGACGCAUGGUGGUCCACUGCCUAAAUGGAGGCGGGCGCAGUGGGACCUUCUGUGCCUGUAGUAUCCUGAUGGAGAUGAUCAGUCACCAGAGUCUAGUGGACGUCUUCUACGCCGCCAAGACGCUGCGCAACUCCAAGCCCAACAUGGUGGAAACCAUGGAGCAGUACCGCUUCUGCUACGAGCUGGUGCUGGAGUACCUUGACUGCCUGGAGGUGAGAUAGCAGCCUGGACAGACGAGACCUGAUGCGUCCCACGCCACAGAGGGAGCCCUAGCCGUCCCAGGGCCUCAUCUCUGAGCUCCCUCUUUUCCUCCUCCUCCUCCUCCUCAUUCUCUCCCUCCCUCUUCGUCUUUUUGCUCUCUUCCUCCGGAACUCUCUGCCCUGAAGGAGUGGAUCUCUGUUUACCUGAGUGGACAAUGUGAAUGGACAGAUGCAAGAAAGCCCUCCAUUCCUCUGUGGAAGUGACCCAACUACUGAGAACUCCUGUACACUUUCGUUCGUUUUUUGGCGUGUACUAUACUUUCAUUAUAUUCUCCCUUCUUUCCUUCCUUACUUUCCUUUAUGUGUCCCUCUCUUCUUGUUUGUCCUUGUCUUUCGUGCACAUCCCUCCACUUUCCCAGGGGCUUGUGCCUGUAUUUUGUUGUUACUUGUUUUGCUUCUGUUUAUUUCUCCUCUGUGCCAGAUAUUUUUGACAACACCAUAUAAGGGCAUGGAUGCGACUGGGCUGGGUUGGGCAGCCUGCCUCCUGUGAUUUAAGCGGGCAACACCCUAGUUUCCGUGACAACUGCCACACUCUGCCUUACCACACAGCAAGAAGAAGACACUGUUCCAUGGCAUCACAGAAUGACUGACACUGGAUAAUAUAUACACACACACACACACACACACACACACAAAACACAUGUGCACAACACACACACAACAACACUCUCAACUCUCAACAAUUCACAACUCUGAGAAAAGCAAGCAAAAUAUUACAAAAAAAGUCUACAUGGAUGACUUUUUGCGUGUUUCUGUGUUUUGUUGAACCCUGUGCCAUUGUGCAACCGACUGAGGAUGGGCUUAAUGGAAGUGACACACAUUUUUGUCAGAAAAGGGGUGGGGCUGAGCUUCGGCGCGUCAGCUUCCACCAUUGGCUCUCGCCACCAAGGUGGUGGGACCCCGCGUUGGCGUGGCAAUCCUUUCCACUGAGUGCCAACGUCUCUUGGUGCCAACUGGAGGUCAUGAUCCCAAGGAUGGUUCCUCGUUUUAGUAUUUAUUUUCUCUUUGUGUACAUACUGUAGAAGAGUACUGUUUAAGAGUAACAGAUAAAAAGAGAAUCUAGGUGUUGUUGUCUUUACGUGCCAAUUCAUUGUCUGUGCGUCUAUGUGUGCUGGGGACCACUUGGAAAAGCACCUGCAUGCCGAUCUGUGCUGUUUGAUAAAAGUGUCCCGUCGCAUCUUGUGGCUCAGUCCGCUUUGGGCGUCCAGUGCAGAUGCCUGCUUAAAAUCGAGCUCAACUGAAGAUCAGAUAUACAUGUACAUAUAUGUAUUGAAAAUAAAACAAACAAAAAAAGAAAUUAAGUAUUACUGUGGGAACAAGGUGAGGCCUUCGCCAGAAGACUUGCUUUUUAAAUUUGUAUUUAUUCAUUGUGUUUUGUUUUCUAAAUAGUGUAUAUUAAAUGCAAAAAAAUAAAACACUACGAUGUUGCUUUUACGUCA